AUGGGCCUGGUGGUGCCGGGACAGGACCUGGAGGCUAUGGGCCUGGUGGUGCCGGUACAGGACCUGGAGGAUAUGGGCCUGGUGGUGCCGGGACAGGACCUGGAGGCUAUGGGCCUGGUGGUGCCGGUACAGGACCUGGAGAAUAUGGGCCUGGUGGUGCCGGGACAGGACCUGGAGGCUAUGGGCCUGGUGGUGCCGGGACAGGACCUGGAGGAUAUGGUCCUGGUGGUGCCGGGACAGGACCUGGAGGAUAUGGUCCUGGUGGUGCCGGGACAGGACCUGGAGGCUUUGGACCAGGUGGUGCCGGGACAGGACCUGGAGGCUAUGGACCAGGUGGUGCCGGGACCGGACCUGGAGGCUAUGGACCUGGUGGUGCUGGAAGAGGUCCUGGUGGACAAGGAUUAG